AUGAACUGGGUGGCGACGGAUUCCGAAUGGCUAACGCCACCAGUGACUGGGCGAAAUUCCGCGUCAUUCGGAGCUGCCAGCUCCGCAAACUUGCUGGUGGUAGCGGGUCCUGCAGGGACAACUGAAGCGGUAGACAGUUCACCGUUAAUACCUGCCGAGAGCCGGGUGCGACUGGCAGCUGUGGGCUGGCUGAACGGGGCAAAAUGCUGA